AAUUUGUGCUGCUUGUUCAUUUGGGUGAUGAAUGAUAGAAUAUAAUUCAGUUUUGUGAAAACGCAUCACUACAAAUUCAAGAAUCUACCAUUUCCUACCCACGAUUUAGGUUUUAGGGUUCCUUUCCUCUCUGUUAUUUGUUCAAUGGAAGACCACAAUUCGGGACUUGUUGAAUCUGAAGAGAUCUCUGAUUCGUUCAUAUGCUGCGUUUGUUUGGAUCUUUUAUACAAGCCUAUAGUGCUUUCUUGUGGUCAUGUAUCAUGUUUCUGGUGCGUGCAUCAAUCCAUGGAUAUUUUUAGAGAAUCACAUUGCCCAAUAUGUAGAAAUCCGUACGCCCAUUUUCCAAACAUUUGCCAUUUGCUUCACCGCUUGCUUCAAAAGAUGUAUCCUCUUGCCUAUAAGAAAAGGGAAUGGCAAACUUUAGAAGAGGAGAAGAAAAUGGGUUAUUUCUCGCCUCAGUUUGAUGACAAUGCUUGUUACAAUUCAGCUAAUCAAGGUCUUUAUUGUAACGAAAACUCUGCUUGUGAGGAAUCCUGUCCUAAUAUAAAGCAGUUAGAUUCCGGAUAUCAGGUUCAGCAUGGUGGGGAUUUCAAACAAGUUACUGGGACUGUUCAAGACACAUCCUGUGGGGAUAUAAAGCAGUUAGAGUCCAGGUCUCAAGUUCAGGACCAGUGUUUGAUUAUACCAGAGAAAGACCCCGAUGAAAAUUGUAAGACGGCUGGCACUAGGACUGCCAAUGAAAUGAGUAUCCCUAAAGAACAGCAUAAGGGGAAUUUUAAGCAAAUUACAAUGGAGGAUGUGCUAUGUGGGGAUAUAAAGCAGUUAGAGUCCAGGUCUCAAGUUCAGGACCAGUGUUUGAUUAUACCAGAGAAAGACCUCGAUGAAAAUUGUAAGACGGCUGGCACUGGGACUGCCAAUGAAAUGAAUAUCCCUAAAGAACAGCAUAAGGGGAAUUUUAAGCAAAUUGCAAUGGAGGAUGUGCUAUGUGGGGAUAUAAAGCAGUUAGAGUCCAGGUCUCAAGUUCAGGACCAGUGUUUGAUUAUACCAGAGAAAGACCCCGAUGAAAAUUGUAAGACGGCUGGCACUGAGACUGCCAAUGAAAUGAAUAUCCCUAAAGAACAGCAUAAGGGGAAUUUUAAGCAAAUUACAAUGGAGGAUGUGCUAUGUGCUGGUUGCAAACAGCUGCUUUUUCGCCCCAUGGUUCUUAAUUGUGGUCAUGUAUAUUGUGAAAGUUGUCUUGUAGUAGAAACUUCUGACAAGAUGAAUAGAUGUCAAGUGUGUCAAAGUUUGCAUCCGAAGGGGUUGCUGAAUGUUUGUUUGGAGCUUAAUCAGUUUCUGGAACAAUGCUUUCCCAAAGAAUAUGCAUUUAGGAGAGAUUCUGCACAGCUAAAAAAAAUUAACUUCAAGGAUCCAAGCAUGAUUCCAAAUUCGAAAGAAGGUAGUAAAAAAGCUAGAAAUGGACAAUGGUGGCGUGACCCUCAUGUAAAUGCUCAUAUUGGUGUUGGCUGUGAUUAUUGUGGGAUGUAUCCAAUAAUUGGGGAGAGAUAUAGAUGCAAAGAUUGUGUGGAGAAAAUAGGAUUUGACCUUUGUAGUGGUUGCUACAAUACUACUUCCAAGCUUCCCGGACGGUUCAAUCAGCAGCACACCCCAGAUCACAAGUUUGAGAUUAUGCCGAUCUCUUUUCAGAAUCUAAUACCUAUGGCUGUAUAUGGAUCUACCCAUCUAGUCAUAGGCAAUUUUUCUGCAGAAAAUUCAGAAGAUGACUCUAGUCCUCACUCUCUCUCUGGUGAUGCUCAUGAGAAUGCAGAAUUCAGUUUAGUUGCUCCUGCUCCUACUCCAGCCCCUGCUCCUGCCCCGACUUCCUCUGGUAGCGGUGAGGACAAUGAUCGAGCCAACUCGGGAUCCACUGCUUGAUUUCAAAAUCAGAACAGAGCCAAUGAUAAUUUUCUUAUCAAGGUGAGAGCACCCGAGGUUGCUUGCUGUACAUGCUCGUUAUAGUGCUCUAUACAAUUAAGAUCCGAAGACAGUGUACAUAUUAAUUUUCUCAUAUUUUGUAAUUGUUUUGCGUUGUUUCCAAAGGCUUUUAUGAAAUUCAUGCCCAAACCCGGCUUCUUCGUUUCGAUCUGCCUUGUGUUUGAGAAGAAUGUAGCUGACUUGGAUUCCAAGUCUACAUAAUAUGGACACUGCCUAGUGCUUAGAGCUUCGAUAAUUCCACACUCCAAAUGGUAUAGAGCUGUGUUUGUCAUGCCAUUGGUGUAUAUAAAAAGAAAAACAAAAUUUUAUAUUUUCUUGUUUUGUUUUUGUAAUAAAUCAUUUCUUUGUAGUUA